AUGUCCGACGAACGCACGCCUCUCAUCCAGCACGUAGACGUGCGACCCCACCGCGACCGAUACCCACACCAUCGACUCCGCUUCAUAUGCACUUCGAUCCUGAGCACUCUCGUCUUUGGAGGCGGACUUGCCGCCGUUAUACUCUUCAGUCUCGGGUCAUUUGACGACCACCGCGAAUCUGCGCCCGUCUCAAAACAGUCGCUGUUCUCCGCCUCGCAGAUACCAGAAGGAUGGAUGCACAAGACGACGGCGGGAUAUGAAGAGCUGCAGAGCAUCCUCUUGAAUACGCCGGAUGCGGAGCAGGCGCGGUCCUGGAGCAGGUACUACACGAGCGGGCCGCAUCUGGCAGGAAAGAACCUCAGCCAGGCCCUGUGGACGAUGCAGAGGUGGCAAGAGUUUGGCAUUGCAAGCUCCAUCGUAGACUACGAUGUGUAUAUCAAUUACCCGAAAAGCCAUCGAUUGGCACUGUUGGAAAAGGGCGACGACAAGGAUGAAGCGCGCGACAGUCAUGCGCCGACUGAGGGCGAGUGGAAGGUCACAUACGAGGCACGACUGGAGGAGAAUGUGCUGGAGGAAGAUAAGUCGAGCCAGCUUGUAGACCGCAUACCCACCUUCCACGGCUACAGUGCUUCGGGCAACGUGACGGCGCAAUACGUGUUCGUCAAUUACGGCACGUUCCAGGACUUUGAGGACCUGCUGGCAGCAGACGUCAGCCUAGACGGAAAGAUUGCACUGGCAAGAUACGGUGGCGUAUUCCGAGGACUCAAGGUCAAGCGCGCGCAGGAACUGGGCAUGAUUGGAUGUGUCAUCUACACUGACCCUGGAGACGACGGCGAGGUUACUGAAGAGAAGGGCAUUGCGCCGUAUCCCGAAGGGCCUGCCCGAGAGCCAAGCAGCGUCCAGCGUGGGAGUGUUCAGUUCCUCAGCUUCGCUCCAGGCGACCCUACCACACCUGGUUAUCCCUCCAAGCCUGGCGCGCCUCGCCAGCCUACCAACAACGCGAUCCCGCAGAUCCCAUCGAUCCCCAUAUCCUACGAAGACGCGCUGCCUAUACUCAAGGCGCUCAACAGCCACGGCCCUAAGGCGACCUUGUUUGGAAAGAGCUGGCAGACUGGUGGAUUGGCAUACAAAGGCGUCAAAUACAACAUCGGUCCUUCACCUGAAAACUUGGUGCUCAACCUAGUAAACGAACAGGAAUAUACAACGACACCACUGUGGAAUGUUAUUGGUGUGAUCAACGGCACACUGGCUGAUGAAGUUGUGAUUCUGGGAAACCAUCGCGAUGCUUGGAUCGCUGGAGGAGCCGGAGACCCGAACAGUGGCUCUGCUGCCUUCAACGAAGUCAUUAGGAGUUUUGGCUUGGCUCUACAAACAGGCUGGAAGCCAUUGCGCACGAUUGUGUUUGCAAGCUGGGACGGCGAAGAAUAUGGCUUGAUUGGCAGCACUGAAUGGGUGGAGGAGUACUUGCCCUGGCUCUCGGGAUCUACAGUCGCAUAUUUGAAUGUCGAUGUUGCGACGGACGGACCUGACUUCAAGCUGGCUGCGGCACCUCUGUUGAAUCAGGUGGUGCAAGAAACCUUGAAACUUGUCACCUCGCCCAACACAACCGUUCAAGGACAAUCUGUUUACGAAGCCUGGGACAAGGUUAUUGACACGAUGGGUUCGGGCAGCGAUUUUACGGCCUUCCAAGACUUCGCCGGUAUACCAUCAAUGGAUAUGGGCUUCGGCUUCGACUCGAAGUCAGCUGUGUACCACUACCACAGUAACUACGACUCCAUGGACUGGAUGGAACGCUUCGGAGACCCUUCUUUCCAAUACCACGCGACAAUUGCAAAACUCUGGGGCCUCGUUGCUGCGAGACUGAUAGAGACUCCGGUGCUCCAGCUGAACGCGACUGAAUACAGCAUCGGACUGGAUAGUUACGUCGACAGUGUGAAACAGAAGGCAAAAGAAGCCAAAUACGGCGACAAGGAAGAUGAUGCCUUUGAAGCGAUGGACAACGCACUUGUGCAUUUCCGCUUUGCAGCUGCGAUCCAGGAUGCCACCGCCGCCCAGCUCCUUCUUGACUACUACAACAACGAUAUUCCAUGGUGGAAGCCUUGGGAGAAGGUCAAGCUCUACCUUGCUAUCCGCACCAUCAACACCAAGUACAAGCUGCUGGAAAGGAAGUUCCUAUACCCCGAGGGUCUGGACGGCCGACCAUGGUUCAAGCACGUUGUUUUUGCGCCUGGCAAGUGGACUGGAUAUGCAGGUGCUACAUUCCCCGGCAUUGUCGAAGGCAUCGACGAGAAGGACGAUGCUACAGUCAAGAAGUGGAUUGACAUUGCUAGUAAGGCAAUUGAUGCGGCGGCGGAUUGGUUGGAGGAGUAA